AUGUUUCGCGUGAAAUGGCUGCUGGUCAUCUCGGUUGUAAUUCUCGAAAUCGGAUCAAUCCUCUCUGCCGCUGCCCCCAACUCCCCUGCCUUUAUUGUUAGUCGUGCGAUCGCUGGCUGUGGGGCAUCGGGGGUUCUUAAUGGUGUCUUGAUUGCUGGCUCGACUACUUUGCCGUUGCGAUGGAGACCAAUCUUCAACAGCACUGUCGGGGGUCUGGAGUGUAUUGCCAUGGUCAUAGCCCCUGUGAUUGGUGGCGCUCUGACAACUGACGUUACAUGGAGGUGGUGUUUCUGGCUGAACCUCCCGAUCGGAGGGUUCACUCUAUUCAUAUUAGUUUUCGUCUUCAAGCAGCCGCCGGAUCAAAAGGGUAAAGAUGAAUCGCCGAUGACAAAACUGAAGAAACUUAACCUCCCAAGUCUGCUGGUCUUCACCGGAAGUAUCGUUUGCUUGCUACUUGCCCUACAAUGGGGCGGCACAACGUACCCCUGGAGCAGUGGGAAGGUGAUUGCGCCUCUAAUAGUUGCAGGCGUUGCAUUUGCCGCAUUUCUGGCGUAUGAGCAUUUCCGCGAAGGCGAGGCUAUGAUUCCGCGAUCGGUUAUUUUCAAUCGAACGGCAGGCUUGUGUAUGAUGUAUGCGUUUUGCUCUUCCGCUGCGUUUAAUAUCAUUGACUAUUAUCUUCCGAUCUGGUUCCAAGCGGUCAAGGGCGCGACGGCUGCUAAGUCUGGAGAGAUGCUCCUCCCCUCAAUCAUCGGGCUCUCCGUGGUAGCCAUAAGCUCAGGCUUCGUCCUCUCAUUUAUUGGAUACUACACGCCACUGAUGCUAGCGGGUUCCACCUUGAUGGCAAUCGGCUUCGCAUUCCUAACCACAUUCAAGCCCUCGACCACACAUGCGGCCUGGAUCGGUUGGCAGGUGAUGUUGGGAAUGGGCACUGGACUGGCAUUCCCACAGCCGUGGUCAGCGAUUCAAACAGCCCUCCCAGAAAAAGAUGUACCCCUCGGACUGGCAGGCGUAGGAUUCGGGAUCAGUUUUGCCGCUGCGGUGUCGAUUUCUAUAUGCGAGAAUGUGUUUACGAAUUUGCUGCGAAGUGGCUUGCAGGCUGCUGCUCUCCCAGGCGUGAACGCCGAGGAUAUUAUCCAAGAAGGUGCAACGGGCUUCUUGCAACAUAUUGCGGUCAGUGAGAGGGCAUCCGUGUUGAAGAUAUAUAACCACGCUGUAACAAGCUGCUUCUGGCUUCCUGUCGCGGCCUGCUGUUUGGGGUUUGUUGCAGCAUUGGGAAUGAACUGGAAUUCGGUCAAGGAUAAGCAAAAGGAGGGCGACGAGGAGAAGAAAGAAAGUGAGGCUAAGAGUGAGCCGAUUUCCGAGGCGCGCUGA